AUGGUGGUCUUGCAUUGCUUGCUUGCCUUGAUAUCUCAAGGAGUCUUGGCGAGCCCUCACGAGGACUUUCAAGCUCGGGCCAGCACCCACCGCACUCACCAGGCGUACGCGGGGCCAUCCUUGCACAGGAGGCUGCAAGAGUCUCAGACCUGCGAGCAGGUCCAUGCAGCUGGCAGCUGGGGCCGGAUUAGGAUAGGCUACGAGUUCAUGAACCAGGGCUCCGUGGCGAGCGACCUGCUGGCCCUGACGGACACCCUCAUGGCGAAGGCGGUGGCCUUCUGGUCCUCCGCACUAGAAGUGCGGCGCGCACAGCAGCCCCUGAGAAUGGACCGCUCCGGCACAGGCUGCUUCAAGUACGCCUUCGACACGGAGUGGCGUUGCGCCACCGUGCAGAGUCGCAUGUGCGGCGCGGUGACGGUUCCUGACCAGUACCUCAACCGCAUGCGCGCAUGCCAGCAGACUUGCGUUCCGAGCAUGAGCUGCGGAGGGGCCUGUGCUUCAGGCGGCUCCUGCGCAUGCGACGUGGACGAGUGGCGGGCGCAAGGGGAGAGCUACUGCUGCAGCAUGUCGCCUGACGGCUGCCCCGAGGGCUGCUCCCUAGCCACGGCCACCAAGGUGGGCAAUGGCACGACCGGCAGCUUCGUUUGUGAAGAUCAAUGCACCGAGGCGGCGGAGGGGGCUGGGGCGGAGAAUGAGGAUCUGCACAUCUUCGUGACCGUUGAGGACACCUCGGAUUGCCAGGGCUCCUCGUCCCUUUUGGCCUACGCGCUCUCGUGCGCCGUGGACCAGUGCGACCGCCCGGUCUUCGGGAUGAUCAACUUCUGCCCCGGCAAGCUGGGUGGGCAGGUGAGCGAGACAGAGCUGACGUCCACGGCGGUGCACGAGUUGGCGCACGUCCUGGCCUUCAGCAGCAGCCACUUCCGGAACUUCCGCAACGCCGACGGGUCCCCGAUGAUCCCGAGGCAGCCCCAGGACGAGACCAGGCACGUGGGGGAGGUGUUCUACAGCUGCAGCAGCUCCGGGUACAACUGGAACGUGUCGUAUGGCACCCGGAAGUAUGUUGACAUCAGCCCAACCAUUGUGGACGUUUUCUCAGAACGAGGCUACGACCAGUGCGAGUGUCCUAUUGGAACGACUUCCAUCUCCUCAGGAUGCUUCCUGCCGGCGGAGGGGUUCCAGACCCCGAGCUGCGUGGUGCGCAUGACGACCCCCGCGGUGCUCGCGGAGGUGAGGGACUUCUUCGCCUGCCCCGGGCUCGCAGGCGCCGAGCUGGAGAACCAGCAAGGCGACGGGUGCAGCGUCAUCGCCUCUCACUGGGAGAGCCGCGCCUUCGCCGGGGAGUUGAUGUCCCCCACCUCGGUGGAGCACCUCGUGGGCACCUACCUCUCACGUGUGACCCUGGCGGUGUUUGUGGACUCCGGCUGGUACCGCGCCAACAUGUCGGCUGCGGACCCCUUGGUGAAGGGAGUGCAUUGGGGGUACCAGCAGGGCUGCGGCUUCGCGACCUCCAAGUGCAUGGACCAAAACGUCCCCGCGGCGGAGGUCUUCUGCAGCGACGUGAACUCCAGGACCUGCUCCCUGGAUCGUGAGGCCGUGGUGGGCUGCGAGAUCUCCACAGCCUACAGCUCCGUGCCCCCGGUGUACGCCUACAUGGACUCCAAGCAGCUGGGGGUGAGGCCUGACAUGGACUACUGCCCCCACUACGCGGUGCAAAUCGGAGGCCGUGUUUGCACCAACGCCUCCAGCGUCACAGUCCCGUACUCGAAUGUGAACUUCAUGCGGGAACACUUCUCCUCCGGGAGCAGAUGCUUCCUGAGCACUCUCUACACCAAUGUGCCCGCGGAGGGAGGAGGCACCUACACCGCGCCGGCGGAUCAGUUUACCUCUGCCAGGCCGGUGUGCUACGAGGUGGCCUGCUCGGGCCAGAGCUACGACCUGAAGGUGUCGGAUUUGAACGGCGGCAGCCAGGUCAUUGGCACUUGCACCACGGAGGGCCAGACGCUGACGAUAGGUGGCGGAGGUGGUUCCGUGACUUGCGCAGCGCCGGCGCAGGUGUGCUCCGACCUGGGGGCAUUGCAUGUUCUGGGAGACCAGUGGGCUGGGCAAGGAGGUGGAACCACAUCUUCGCCAGGCGCAGGCACCUCCACUUCAACCGUAGGAGGUGGCGCCAGCACAAGCCAGCCCGCAUCGACCACUGACGCCGGCACGACUGCUGACCCUGGAACGACAGCCAACGGCGGGACGACAACCGCUGGUGGGACAACAGCUGGUGGAACCACGUCAAGCACUGGAGGGACGACGACGGGGUCGGUGGGCACAACGCCCACAUUGACGACCCAAGCAGAUACAGAGGUGGUGGGAUCAGCCACAAGUGCUGGAUUCCUCGCCGUGCUGAGUGCCGCCCUUGCGGCGUCGCUUUGA